GAGAGGAAAACGGCAGGAGGAAACAAGUACCGUCGGUCAAGGAGACUCGUGACAGCUGGAGCAUUUUUUUGCGAGAUACCGUCGAAAAGCCUAAAGGAAUCCCUGUUCACGUUAAUGGGUGCAUUCGGUCUUUAUUCUGGUGAAAGGCUUGCGAUCUCGAGAGUGAAGUUAUUUUGAAAACCUCGAUUUAAACUUGCCUCCCAGAUCGGGUCCUACCCCAUAGCUAGCUUGCUAGCUGCUUCAACCAACAUUACACUACAAACCUGGCAAAGGCAAGCACCGCGAUUUGCCGUUUCUAGGAAGAACAACAAAUACUGAUCGCCAGCUAACGUGGUGGAGCUGGCGUUUUCUGCGCUGAGCUAUGAAGAAGACAUUUCACAAAGGAUCGUUAUUUGCUGUGUGUUUUUGAACGCGAGCCGCUGAAACCUUUUCGAAAUGUGGACCUGACUUCUAAGUUAACAUUGGCAAAUUGAAGGUUAUUUCCCUUUCAACUUUCCUGUGAAUCAGUCGCUUUUGAUUGGGGAAAAAGUGUUUUAUGAAUUUAAAACAAGCAGAAUAUUUGAACCAGCACUGCUUUUUCUAAGUGUAGUUAGAUUUGCCAUUUCCACCAGUGAUUGUAUGCAACAAGGCUUAAGCGGGUAUAGCCAACGUCAAUUGUUUGAAUCAAUUAGCGUGCUUGCUAGCUAAGAAUUUGGUGAUCAUGCAAAUCCUAAAAAUGUGACCGCUUUCGGACUUUGCGGUGCCGGUUCUCAUUCGCUAGCUAGCUAGCCUACCUCUAUAUUUCUGCAAAUAAUCAGCUAGCCAAGGUUAGCUCUCGUUAGCAAUCUACUUUGUAAGUAACCAUCAUAACGACCUAUCUAGCUAACUGUAACGUUAGCUAGCUGUUAAUCUUGCAUUGCUAGCGAGCAAGCAAGUUGGAAAGACGGAAUUGCUCGCUAGCGAAAGGCAUUACUUGACUGGUUCGUUAAAUGUUUUUUCAACAGCAGCAAGGUGAUGGGCUCAUGUGACACAGAGCUGUAAGCUUGUAUUUGGUGGAAGCAACAAGCUGCAAUCGCUAGCUAGCUAACUUUAGCUAGCAUUAUCCAUUUCAACUAGCUGGCAAGCUAGUUAUCUAGCUACAGUAAUAACUGGAAAGCUGGCUUGCAUUUGACAAGCGACGCAUCCGCUGUGAAUUUUCCACGUGGGAAUCGUGGGUUAGUUGGCGAGUUGGCUAGCUAUUUUAAUAGUUAACUAGCCAGUUAGCUAAUAGCUAGCCAAGGUUAGCUGCAUGUGAAGAAAAUGCUUUCGACCAGGCUAGUGACACAUGAUCCUCGAGUUCAAUACAAUAACAUAGGGGAUCCUUAACUGGGCCUUACACCGAGGAUUUUGCAUUUUCCAAGGUUAGCUUGAUAAAUCACCUGUCAAUACAUGUUGCAAGAUAGCUAACAAUUAGGUUGGCAUUUGGUUAAGUUAUAAGUCUGUUUUGUUCCCGUUGACGACCAUCCUAAUGAAAUAUCUGUGAAAUUAUUCGGUCGAUUUUUACAAUAACAAGCGACAAGACACAACGGCUCUGGACUAUCAUCUCUUGAAUUAGAGGUUCCCCACGGAUUUUCUCCUGGACUGAAAAUGGGAGCAGCCACGAAACUAGCCUUUGCCGUGUUCCUCAUAUCCUGUUCCUCAGGCGCGAUCUUGGGUCGCUCGGAAACACAGGAAUGUGUCUACUACAACGUCAGCUGGGAGAAGGACCGCACCAACCGCAGCGGCAUCGAGCCCUGCUUCGGCGAGAAGGACAAGCGGCGGCACUGCUUCGCCACCUGGAAGAACAUCUCCGGCUCCAUCGAGAUCGUCAAGCAGGGCUGCUGGCUCGAUGACGUCAACUGCUACGACAGUAGCGAGUGUGUGGAGAAGAAGGAGGACCCAGACGUGUUCUUCUGCUGCUGUGAAGGGAACAUGUGUAACGAGAAGUUCUUCUACAGCCCCGACACACAGCUGGUUCAGACAACCUCGAACCCAUUUCCACAGAAGCCCCAGCUGUUCAACACGCUGCUAUACUCCCUGGUGCCCAUCAUGGGCAUUGCUGCUAUCGUGCUCUUCUCCUUCUGGAUGUACCGGCAUCACAAGCUGGCCUACCCGCCCGUCCUGGUGCCCACCCAACACGCCUUUCAUAUAAUGAUAGAGGAUCCAGGCCCAACACCUCCCUCUCCCAUCCUCGGGCAGAAGCCGCUGCAGUUGCUGGAGAUAAAAGCCAGGGGGCGCUUUGGUUGCGUGUGGAAGGCACAGCUACUCAAUGACUACGUGGCUGUCAAGAUUUUCCCUAUUCAGGAUAAACAGUCCUGGCAGAACGAGUACGAGAUCUACAGCUUGAGCGGGAUGAAGCACGAGAACAUCCUGCACUUCAUCGGCGCUGAGAAGAGGGGCACCAACAUGGACGUAGAGCUGUGGCUUAUCACUGCUUACCACGAGAAGGGUUCUCUGACUGAUUACCUGAAGGCCAACGUGGUGUCUUGGAACGAGCUGUGCCACAUCGCCCAGACGAUGGCCAGAGGCCUGGCCUACCUCCACGAGGACAUCCCCGGCCUGAAGGACGGCCACAAGCCCGCCAUCGCCCACAGGGACAUCAAGAGCAAGAAUGUGCUGCUGAAGAGCAACCUGACGGCCUGCAUCGCUGACUUCGGCCUGGCUCUGAAGUUCGAGGCGGGGAAGUCUGCCGGCGACACACACGGGCAGGUGGGCACCCGCCGGUACAUGGCUCCGGAGGUCCUGGAGGGGGCCAUCAACUUCCAGCGCGACGCCUUCCUGAGGAUAGACAUGUACGCCGUGGGGCUGGUGCUGUGGGAGCUGGCGGCCCGCUGCACUGCGGCCGACGGCCCCGUGGAUGAGCAUAUGCUGCCUUUUGAGGAAGAGGUGGGCCAGCACCCAUCCCUGGAAGACAUGCAGGAGGUGGUCGUCCACAAGAAGCUGCGGCCGACGCUGAGGGAGUGCUGGCAGAAACACGCAGGCCUGGCCAUGCUGUGCGAGACCAUCGAGGAGUGCUGGGAUCACGAGGCGGAGGCGCGGCUCUCCGCUGGCUGCGUGGAGGAGCGCGUCAUCCAGAUGCAGCGGCAGACCAACGUCAUCGCCCCCGAGGAGAUCGUCACCGUCGUCACCAUGGUGACCAAUGUGGACUUCCCGCCCAAAGAGUCCAGCUUAUGAUGGCCGUGGCGGUGACGCGGGGGGGGGGUGGGGGCCGCUCGGCGCCCCAGCGGAGGGGGUAAAAAAAAAAAAUAAUUAAAAAAGAAACGAAAAAACAAAAACGAACGCGGUGACCGACGGGAGCUUGUCUCCGGAGCUGCUGAGCCGGACCCAGCCGGAUCCAGCCGGAUCCAUCCGGAUCCUCCCGGAGGCACGUUGCGCUGUUUGUGUACAGAGGACAUGGCUGCCCACGUUCAGGAAUAUCUGCACCCAGACUUGGUUUCUGCCAACUACAUUUAGUUACAUGUGUGCCUGAAGACAUACACCUGGCUCCAGCGGUAAGCCAGAGAGACGAUACUUACGUCAUUCAAAUCAGGAUCCUUCACAGGAAGACACUAAAAGUAGAAACAUUGUCUGCUUGGCAACAGGUCAUUGUCAUUUGAAUCAGACUUUGGGCAGGUAUUUUUCUUUUGUAUUGAAGACAAAAAAGGACUUCCUCUAAUGGACUUCUGCUAGUUUUUCUAAGAAAGAAGAAAAAAAAAAUAAUAAAAAAAGACUGAGACCCCACACAGUUCAUUUCAUUUCAGUAUAAAAAGGGCAACUUGUUUUUAAAUGCAAUGUUGUUUUUGUGUUUAUAUAACUGACUAUUGUAAUGCCAAUAAGAAACGGCUUCUGAAUGUGUAGUGUUCUGCUGCUGUACAUAUAUCAAUGAGAAAAAAAACAUGGUAAUCAAGGUUCUUUGUUGGGAUUCACUUCCAAGCAUUACUUUAAAUAACCAUAAACCUCCCUCAACAAGGUAUACCUCAGUUCCACCUCUGACGAAUAACAAGUUUUCUUUAACGCUAAAAACAAUCCAAAAUGAUCGGAUGACAUCUGUUUGGUAUUGAUGCAUUUUAAAUAAGAAAAAAAAAGAAAAAAAAACAGAUGACAACAGCAUUUAUAACGGAGUAUGCCAAGAGAUGAUGGCCAUUUAUACACCGGAGUUUCUGCCUUGUUUAUUUUUUUUUCCUUUAAAUGUUUUGUGUAUUAUUGUUUUUG